AGCGUCGAGCUCAAACUGCAGCGGGAAUAAAACAGCGCGCGACUGUAACGAGAGCCCGAGGAAACCGGGGAGGAGGGGCGCACGCGCUGCGCCGCAAGAAUCCAGAGAGAGAGAGAGAGAGAGGGAGAAGAAAGGAAAAGCAGCAGCUCCACGCCACUCCUUUGUUUUAGGAAAUCGCUUGAAACGCUCGAAGGACUGAAAUGAUGCAUCGCGUUUCUCUCGCGUUUCUUUGCGACGGCAGUUUUUAGAGGCGAACUAAAGGCUUUUCCGUUUAAUUUUGUGGGAUCGACACAAGAGCGUUUGAAAUCUGAAACGUUCAGACGCAUUAAGCUUUACUCUUUUCCCCACUGUGUUCGAACCAAUCGACUCCCGUUUUCUUAACGUUAGAUUAUCUGAACACACCGAGGCGUACUUAAGAUUUUUCUGCUCGCGGUUCGAGUGUGUUAUUUGUAUUCAGGCCUAAAAUAUUCGCUCUUGAUCAAAGGCCUUUAAUGCGGCACACACGCGCGUCACUUUUUAACGGGCUUUAACGCGUCAGAUGAACAUCAAAUCUGAUCCAUAAAACAUCUGUGAUCCAUAAACGGAACGUCUGAUCUUUGUUAUUCGCUCUUCAUACGCAACCUCUGCGGCCCACGUCAAUGUUAAUGUCGACCGACGUCGCAUCUCUAAUGCUGCCCGUGACCCGCGGGAUCAUGGAGCGCGAGAGGGAUCUGGACUCUGCUUCGGCGGGGGUUCGAGGGAUGAAACGCGGGGAUCCGGAGCCGGAGGGCGCCGUGACUGCGGGGGACUUGGUCGGGGCUGAAUGCAAACGAGCGCGAAUGGACGGCACCGAGGAGACCGGGCAGGGGUCACAGGACACGAUGGUGGCUCAGGAGGGUCUUGUUCCUCCAUUCUCCACCUUCCCUCCCCCUCCUCCUCCUCCCCCCCAGAAUGGUCUCAUGCUGGAGUUUGUGGGAGGCGUCAGUUACCCCGCAGGGGGGCAGGGGCAAACGGAGCUGCAGGCAGGAGUCAGUACCCCCUCCUCUAACCCAAGCAAUCCCCAACUGUCAGACGGGUCACCUCAGACAGAGACUCAGUGUGUUCCUGCCGGCGGUUCAGGCAGCAGUGACGAAUCCUCAGAGGCCAAAGGCACCCCAAAACGCCUCCACGUUUCUAACAUCCCCUUCCGCUUUAGAGACCCGGACCUGCGGCAGAUGUUUGGGCAAUUUGGAAAGAUUCUGGAUGUUGAGAUCAUUUUCAAUGAGAGAGGCUCAAAGGGUUUCGGGUUUGUGACGUUCGAGACCAGCGCAGAUGCCGAGAAAGCCAGAGAGAGACUUCACGGAACCAUCGUAGAAGGACGAAAGAUCGAGGUGAAUAACGCUACAGCUCGAGUGAUGACUAAUAAGAAGUUGGUUAGUCCAUAUGCUAAUGGCGAAGGUCUCAGCACACUGCCUUACGCUGGGUGGAAAUUGAGUCCUAUGGUGAGCGCUAUGUAUGGACCGGAGCUCUACGCAGUUCCAGGGUUUCCGUAUCCCGCCGCUGCGGCCGCAGCCGCCGCAUCCACUGCCGCAACCUUCAGAGGGGCUCAUCAUCUACGGGGUCGCGGGCGGCCCGUGUACGGAGCGGUGCGAGCUGCCGUUCCUCAGCCUGCCAUACAGGCCUAUCCUGGUGUGGUGUACCAGGAUGGGUUUUAUGGAGCUGCAGAGCUGUAUAGCGGUUAUACGGCAUAUCGCUACACACAGCCUACGGCAGUAGCGAGUCCAACUGCGGCAGCGGCGGCAGCAGCGGCCGCCUACAGCGACAGCUACGGUCGCGUGUACGCAGCAGAUCCGUAUGCGGCUGCACUAGCAUCUCCAGCAGCGGCAGCAGCGGCGUAUGGAGUGGGAGCGAUGGCGACUAUUUACAGAGGAGGAUACAGCCGGUUUUCGCCGUAUUAAGUACCUUUAAUAUACUUCCAGAUUCUUUGUCUCUGAUACUUCACCAACGGCUGCGGAUCAAGGAGGGAAAAAUCUAAUCACACUUUGUAAAACACGUCUGUUACAAACAAACUUUGAAUAAGGAAUGCAAGUAUAAAUCAACACGUCGAAGAUCGUUGCUUUUUUUGAGGAAACGUCAUCACGUCAAACACUACACAGUAAGAGAUAUCUGACUGAAACUUGACUGACAAACUCCGAUCAUUUCUUCCUUUGGCUCUUCUCUCUGCACAUAUGCAUGCAGUAACGGCUCUAGACUGCCUCUAGUGGCCAUUGAACUACAUGUGCACAGAGCAUCAGGACUGCAGUGAACACAUUUAUACUUCACCCAUAGCUGUUUCACACUACAAUAAUUAUCAAUAUUCUUUAAGAAGAAAAAGAGAUGUUUAUGUGGACUGCUCGUCUCCAUUUUAAGGAUCAUCUUGAAAUACGUGGAUCCCAUUAGCUGUGUAAGGGAGGACGAUGCUAUCAUCCCAAACACAAACAUGACAAAAGCGACAACCAUCGUGAUUUUACUUUCUCUUGAAGAUCUUGGAUGAAAGGCAACGCCAGCAGCUGUUACAAGUCUCCGAACUGUGAGGCACACAAACAGGAUGAUGUGUCAUAAUAUUCCGUCUGGCUGAAGGCUUUGUGUUCUUUAAACAGUACCUCCGAUCUGACCGUUUUGAAGAGGCAUACCUUUAAAAUUAAAUAGUAAUUAUAUGCAAGUAAACUAGAGUAGACUCAAUUUCACCAAACAUUAUUAUUAUCCUCAUUCGUUUCUCAUGUUUGUGUGUGUGUUAGCUUUGAAAGAGCGCAGGACACCAUCUGAACCCACAUAAACGUGCAAGGCACACACACACAAAUCCCACAAUGACUAUAGCAAGUGUUUAAAUUAUGCUACGAAAAUAUUUACAACUUUUUUGUUCAGAUUUCAGAAUUGAACAGGCCUUUUGUGGAACACCGAUAGACACUCAUUUAUUAGCAUAGUUUGUAUAAUAUGCAACUUUCAACCCAAAUUUAGUUGGAGAGAUAUGGAGGAUCUAAAUUCAAUGAUUUUAAAAGAGAACUACAUAGUAUUUUUGUCUCUUUUCGAGUGUGUCCUCUUCUCUUUCGGUAUAUUGGUAUUUUGCUUUGUUUGAAUUUUGUUUCCAAAGACGAGUCAAGCACAUUCUUGAUUGUGUGUAAACGUAUUUGUAAUUCUGUUGUUUUUUUCUUUUGUAUCAAUAGGUUUUUUAUAUUGUUUGAAGUGGUUCGUUAAUUAUUUCAAAAAGGCUGGAUGUGGGAAUGCAGCAUCAUGUUAACGUGCAAGGACGCAGCGUGCCCUCAAGAACCAUUUCUUUAUCAUGCGUUUCAUGCAUUUUGUUUUUGGGAGGUCAUCCGCUUUAAUAGAUUCAGAGUUCUAGAUUUGACUGUAUCCUGGUGAAGGACAGAAAUCGUUUUGCCAUUUCAGACACUUGAAAUUCGUUUUACCACAUUUUUUUAGUGUUUGGAUGAUGGGUAAUGUUUGUUAUAUCUAAAAGUUAAACGAAAAACUGACCACAAUCUAAACACUAUACCAGACAGCGUUUUUGUUCGUUUUUAUGUUCGAAAGGUACUUUGCAGUCUAUGCAUACAUUUAACACAGUAUUAUGUAAUGAAAUAUCUCUGUACCUAAAUUCUUUUACAUAUGCUUAAAAGAUGCUUUUUUCUCGUCCUCUGUCACGUGUCUCAUGUAUACCCUCGCCUGCCUGCCUGCCCGCCCGAUGGCGCGAGAUCUUGAGUGACAGCUGCUCUUCUGAUAAUGGAGGUUCAAAUCUUCUCCGUUUGUGCUGUAAACUUUUAAAGAUGGCCCCUCUUUCAUUCUUGCACCUUAUAAAUAUGAAUCCUGUCUCACAUACUCUGCUUUGGUUUACAGUGUAACCGUGUUUUUGAGUUGAAUUAUUUCUCUCUACAUAUUCUGAAUCCAUUUGUGAUGUAAUUUGUAUCUAAAUGUCCAUAUAAACUGUUUUUUAACAAUCA